ACAAUGUCAAGGGGUAGUCAUUAUUGGACGCUGCUUUUCAUGGCCUUGCUUAAAAUAAGCAUCCAAGAGCAAAAAGAUACUAAAGCUAAGAAUCCUUAUUUUACUAAAUUCCAAAGCACGGCUCAUUUGCGGCCUACAAAAUGCCAAGUUUGCAGACUGCUGGUAACAGAAUUUCUUGAAAAGAUGAAAGUCACCAAUAAUAAAGAGGGGAUCCAUAAAGGUUAUUCAAUGGAUCUUAGUGAAGAUAAGAAAAUCAACUAUCAAACAUCAGAAAUUCGUUUCAUGGAAGUCUUAGACAAUCUGUGUGACCGAAUGAGACUGUACCAAGCUAGAGCUGGCCCAGAAUUCCCCUACAUCAGAGGAGCCGUAGGACAUCUCCGUGAAGUGUUCAACGACAUGUCCAAAAAAUCGAAAGUCAARCUCAACUUUGAGCUGCCAGACGACAUCAUCGAUGACUACACUCAUGAAAUUACUAGAGUCAAAUUUGAGUGUAUCCAUCUCUUGGAGAAAGUUGAAGAACAUCUUGAAGAUUGGUAUUUUAAUCACCAAAACGAGGACUUGAUGAAAUGGUUAUGCGAAGGCAAAAUCCUCACACAACAAGAACGAGGUUGCCUGACAGCUUCUACUACCAUACCAUCGGAUUAUUACUCUGUUUAUGAUAAAAAAUAAAGCGAGAAAACUAU